GAGAGAGAGGCAUGCAGUCUAAAGGAGAGAGGAGAGGACAGCGACGAGCGUCUUCCUUCCCCUCGGCCCCCUCUCUGCUCUUUGCUCCAUCUCCCCUCCACCCGUCCGUCCUAGCGUCCCGUCUCUGUCGGUACAUGCCUUAUCCGGAGGAGGAUGCUGAAGUUCCGUGUGGACAGGAGAGCCAGUCAACAUGACCCCAGUGGACCAGCUGGAGCAGCACUGAGCCCCCUCCAGCUGGAAGAGCCCACCUUACACUCCUAUCUGCAGCACUGUGAUUUGGAAAUGAAUGGGAAAGUGAAUCCUACUGCUGAGAAGAUCACUGCCUCCAAAAGGGCCAAUAUGGUGUCAAACCUGUCCCCAGAAGGCCAGCCUUACACCAGGGCGUCUCGUACUCCCAGGAGUUCUCUUCGAACGGCAGCUACAUUUGGGAAGCGCUCAAACUCCAUGCGCAGAAAUCCCAAAGCAGAGGUCAGCAAACAGGGAUGGCUGUACAAACAGGCCAGCAGUGGGGUGAAGCAGUGGAACAAGAGGUGGUUCGUCCUCACCGACAGAUGUCUCUUUUACUACAAAGAUGAAAACGAGGACACAGUGUUAGGGAGUUUGCCGCUGCUCAGUUUCCGAGUCGGAGGAGUGGAGCCUUCGGAUAACCUCACACGCAGGUUUGCCUUUAAGGUCAACAGUGGGAAGGAGGACGGUGAGGAAGGGGAGCUAAAGGAUCCCGUUGUGUUUUGCAUACAGGCGGGGCACGCUGGGACCAGGACCUACUACUUCAGCGCAGGCAGCCAUGAGGACCAGGAGCAGUGGAUCAGAGCCAUGAGCCAGGCUGCAGCGGUCCCCAGUGAGCCGUCACAGAGAAUAAACCCCACAGUGGAUCCAAACCACACUAUGGUGACCAAGGCACCAAACACACAAACACACAAUGAUACUGUCAGUGCCCCCCCACACCCUAAGGCCAACGGGGUCAACAGCCUUGAGACACCCCCACCCUCCACCCCCUGCUCCGUUCAGGAGGAUAAAAAUAAUAACGGAAGACAAGGAGAAGGUGAGGAUGGAGGGGGGAGAACAGGUCCGGACCCCGCCUCUCAUCCAAGACCGCAUCCAAAUGGAUGGGGCAACAACGGCCCUCGGAACAGCAAACCCCCUCUAUCCAGGAGUCCCAUUGGACAUCAUGCCCCCCAGGGCCACCCGGAGGGGGGGGAUGCCCCGCAGGACAGCAGGGAGCAGCAGGAGAACGUUGUGCUGAGGAGGGGCUUCGUGCCCAGGACGGGUCCAGAGAGGGUGGCUCAGAGGAAGAGCUCUAUGGCCCAGCUGCAACACUGGGUCAACCAGCGAAGAGGCAUGGCCUCCGAGGAGGACCUUAACAGCCCAUCUCAUUACUACGCAGCAAACCAGGGGCUUUUGGCGGACUUCUAUGGCUACCCUGGUGGCCCCCAGUAUAUGGAGGAGUGCCCUCUUUACCCGCCAGGGGUCCGACCAGACAGUAUCUGCUCUGUUUCUGCUAUGGGGGGAUACGACCCACGCUGGACCGUGGAGGAGAAGCGGCAUUCACUGAGGGACGUACCCCAUCAGCUGUAUGGAGCCCCAAUGCAGCGGGACCAAUGGGGGCCGGCCUACUUUGGUGGAAUGGAAAAAUCCAUGAGACGUCUGUCUGUACAGCCCCGCUCCAGGUCUGUCCCCAGGUCCCCGUCCUCGUCCUGUGGGGGGCCCUACUCCCCGAUGCAGCACAGCUUCGCCUCGCCUGGCCGCUCGCCCUCCGCUCACUUCGACCGGCUCCCGGCCCGGCUGAGGGACGACGUGAUCUACGCUGACCCCUCGGUCUACAGCCUGCGGAGGUCUCUGAGCUCCCCAAAGUAUGACUACCCUGGUGAAAGGAGGUCCUUAAGCCAAGGAUUACACCACUACAACUACCCUGUAUCCCCUUCCAUCCACAAUAAAAUG